AUUUUGUGGGGAAGAUUUUGGGACCUCAGGGCAACACAAUCAAACGGCUACAGGAAGAGACUGGAGCCAAAAUCUCUGUGCUGGGCAAAGGAUCCAUGAGAGACAAAACCAAGGAGGAGGGGCUGAGAAAAGGCGGCGAGCCCAAGUACGCACACUUGUCCAUGGAGCUGCACGUGUUCAUCGAGGUGUUCGCCCCCGUGCCCGACGCCUACCUGCGUAUGGCACACGCCAUGGAGGAGGUCAAGAAGUUCCUGUUCCCAGAUAUGAUGGAUGAUAUCUGCCAGGAGCAGUUCAUGGAGAUGAGCUACCUGAACGGAGGCCAGGAGCACGGGGCCCGGGGUCGAGGGGGCAUGCCGGUCAGGGGCCGCGGGAUCCCUCCUGCUGGAGCACACAGGGGUAGGGGAAUGCCUCCUCGCGGUGCUGCCACCAGGGGAGGUGUGACUCGAGGUGGCCCAGUGAGGGGUGCCCCAGGAGGCCGGGGAGGACCCCCUGCAGCACCUGCCAGGGGAGCUGCGGCACCCCGUGCCCGGCCCCCAGCUGCUGGACCUCCCCAGAGGAUGGCCCCCCCUCAUCAGCACUCAACCACCACUGGCCCAGAGAGCUACGAUGAAUACGGCUACGACGAGAGCUACACAGACACGACCUACGAGUCAUACGACAGCUAUUACAGUCAGCCGCAGGCAGAGCCAGAAUACUUUGACUACGGACACGGAGAGACAACAGACUCCUACGAGUCGUAUGGCCAGGAUAACUGGAACGGGACCCAGCAAUUAGGUCCAGGAAAGGCCCCUCCCCCUUCCAGAGGUGCCAAGACGCCUUACCGGGAGCACCCAUACCGACAGUACUGAAGCAGACUCGCCACCCCUAACGUGUCGCCCUGACUACCGCCUGUCUCCCACGGCAGCUCUUGCUUUAAGCAGCCCGACAAAAGUAAUUGUCCGUUUUGUCUUUGGUUUGGUCUUUUUUCCUACACCGGACUUAAUACGAGAGAGCAAAUUGGGAACUGAAAAUCGGAGCUGGUUUUUGAGAUUUGACCCUGAACUCCCUCCCCCACCCCCCCCUUUGUCGCACCAACCAACCAACCACCCACCCAUCCAUCCAACCAACCAAAGCGGCUUUUAGAUGGGUUAGAGAGAAGUUGGCAUCCGUUUUUUGUUCUCUUUCAUUUGAAUUUUUGUUUAUGUUGCUGUAUACUUUCUCUGACCUUUUUUACCCCCCUCUGGCUUUUUUGCAUUGUUGAUCAUAAAUUUUUUAACUGUUUGGGAGUAAUCGUUUCUAGUGGAAUUAGUGGCUCAUUACCCACUUGUCUAAGGAAUCCAUAUUAAUUGUUUUUAAAUACAAAGAAUCUGUCGAGGGUCAGUUGCAGAUUCCCAUUUAGGCUACAUUUCAAAAUUCUGUUAAUAUAGCCAAAUAAAAGACCUUUUAAACUUCCAAUUAUGUAAUAUAGAAACAAAAAAGUCAAUCUUAAAUCAAGUGAAGGUUAAAGAAUCAAUGUUAAUGGAAUCAGUACAAUUCAUUCUUGAUGAUGGUUUGUUUUUAAAUAGUUCUAAAACGUUGUCCAUUUAGCCUUAGGCAGCAAUAUUUGUUAUUGUACUUAGAGUUUUGAAAUAUAGCCCUAAUAGACACUGUUGAGAUGGACUGUCCUCAUAUCCUCAAUUUGUUUUAAAAGGUUAAUUUUAAGAUUCUGAAGACAAAAUGUUUGUUUAAUAAGAACACGGCCAAGAGAUGGCCACCUGUUAUGCUAAAAACAGAUCAGGUCUUCAUUCUGUGAUCUGAUUCUCUAUAAACUGCAUGCACAAAAUACUCAAAGAAGGAUUGGGACAAAAAUCUCCACAUGGGUCUUCUCUUUCUAUAGAGAAGGGAUCCUGCAGCUCAAUCCGAACUAUUGUACAUAUUUUAAAACUAACUGUACUUAUUCUGCCACUAGUAUCUGUACCCUCUCCAUAAAAUGCAUUAUGCUACAUGUGUAAGCUUGCCUAAAUAGGUUACUAAAUCUGUCCAAAAGAUGUUUUGCAGCAGUUUGUCAAUAAAGCUUAGUUUGUUUUUUAUGAAA